AUGGGGAGUUUAAAUGCUUUUAAAAAUCAGAAGGGUUCCAUUGCAUCUGGUUUAUCUAAGCAAACUGAGGAUACUAUGAGUAAGUAUCGAAAGAGACUACAAGCUUCUAUUAAGUGUUUGAGGUGGUUAUUACUUCAAGGGUUACCCCAACGUGGUCAUGAUGAAAGUGAGUCUUCGUCGAAUCGAGGUAAUUUUUUAGAACUUCUGAAAUUUCUUGCAACUGAAAAUUUUGAUGUUCGGCAAGUAGUUCUUGAAAAUGCUUCGGGUAACUCUCAAAUGACAUCUCCUACUAUUCAAAAAGACAUCAUUAAUGCUUGUGCAAAAGAAACAACCAAAGCAAUAACUGAUGAAUUGGGAAGUGAUUUUUUUGCUAUUCUUGCUGAUGAGUCUGCUGAUAUAUCUGAUAAAGAACAAAUGGCUCUUUGUUUGAGAUACAUAAAUAAAAGAGGAGAGGUGACUGAGCGCUUUCUUGGUAUUAUCCAUGUUGCUGAUACCAAAUCUCUGACACUAAAAUCUGCAAUAGAAUCUUUACUUAUGGAGCAUUCUCUUACUUUUUCUAGAGUUCGUGGUCAAGGUUAUGACGGUGCCAGCAAUAUGCAAGGUGAAAUUAACGGCCUUGAAACUUUAAUUAAAAGUGAAUGUGAAUCUGCAUAUUUUGUUCAUUGUUUUGCCCAUCAACUCCAAUUGACUCUUGUUGCCGUAGCUAAGAAAAAUGCUGAUUGUGGGUGGCUAUUUGUUGAUGUGCUUGCACCAUUAUUAAAUUUUGUGGGUGUUUCACCUAAGAGAAAAGAAUUUCUUUGA